AUGGGGUCGAUCGAGGGAGUCAGCAGUGCCAUACAGCUGCCUGUCAUUGAUAUCUCAGAAUUCACUGAAGCGGUGGGCAAGCGAGUACUGGACGCUGCCACCAAGUUCGGCUUCCUCUACAUCGACACCAAUGGCACGGGCUUCACGGAAAGCAUGGUGGAUCGAGAAUUUCAACUCUCGCGCCAAUUUUUCGAGCUGCCUGAGGCAGAAAAAGAGCCUUGUCGCAUCGACAAGACCAAUCGGGGCUGGACAGGAAUGCACGACGAAAUCCUGGACCCCAGGACACAGCGCAAAGGCGACUUCAAGCAGGCAUUCAACAUCGGGGAGUUCCUGAAUGGAAAGCCGCAACAGCCUUUCCCUAAGUUCCUCGAAGGCCAUCUUGACGAGCUGGCCGAAUUUGAGCGGACGUGCAAGCAAGUGUGCGAUCGAGUGCUUGAUCUUCUCGGGCUGGGACUUGAGGUUGAAGAGCCCAACUUCUUUUCCUCGCGGCACACCCAACCCAGCGGGUGCACUGUCCGCCUCCUGCACUAUCCGGCCAUCCCAGCUGAUGUGGACUAUCAACCGGAUGUCGAUGUCAGAGCCGGCGCCCACUCCGACUAUGGAAGCAUCACGUUGUUGUUUCAGCGUCCCUCACAGCCUGGCCUCCAGAUCCGAACCCCAGAGGACACCUGGGCACCUGUCCCCGUAAUCCCUGACGGGUAUCACUCGACCACCUUCCCGCCGAUCCUGGUCAAUAUUGCCGACUUGCUGUCGUACUGGACCAAUGGAAUCCUGAAAAGCACAGUCCACCGAGUCAUCUUCCCCAAGGAGGCGAGAAGGGGAGGGGAGGACCGGUACUCCAUAGCGUAUUUCUCACAUCCAGGGAACGAGGUCGAGUUGACACCUGUACCGAGCAAGCUGGUGGCGCAGCACAAGCUGGACGAAGACCAGGAGGUGGGAUAUGGAGGAGGAGCAACGAGCAAACGAGCCAUGACCGCAAAGGACCAUCUGUUGUCUCGGCUGGACGCGACCUAUGGAUUCAGAGGGGCACAAGCCAAGGAGGUUGAUAGCACUGCUUAG